ACAAGAAUAAAGUACAAAACAACAACAAAAAAUAUUUGAAAUAUUCAAUACAAAUUUUUUAAAUAAACAAAGCACUCUACACAACUUACAAAAAACUUAAAACUUAAAACUUAAAAAACAAAAAUAAAAUAGAAUACAACACGCAUAAAACCAGUAAAGUUCAAAUCAAAAAUAAAACGAAAUACAAAUCUUGGAGUAGCUUCAAAUUUUCUAUAUACAGAAGAUAUAUACAACACAACAAAUACAUAUACAUAUAUAAUCACAAGUGAUUCACACUAGCCAACAAAAAAGCAGAAAAGGUGUGAAAGUCGAGAGAGGAGAGCCAUACAAGCCAUAAACAAAGAAUUUUUGGAUUGAUUAACUACCUCAAAAAAAUUAAAGAAAACCCGAAAAAAGUGAACAGGAAAUGUGUACAAAAAAAGUUACAGACAAGUAAGAAAAGACUCGAAUUAAAAGGAAAAAACUAAAAAACUGAGCUUAAAAAAAUUAAUCAUAAAAUCUGAAAGACUCUAAAAAUCAAGGAUUAAAGGAAGUUUUGUUGCUCGUCCAUCCCGGCCCUCCAUCAACACCAUCAACCCAACACCCACCCCCCACGCAGUGUAUCCACAACUGCGUAGCCAUGCCACAGUCCGUGCUUAAAUGGCGUCUUCAAUAUUAGCCCAAAGCCAGAGCACAGGCGACAGCAGCAGCGGCAGCAGCAUUGUCCAUCCCACUGUGGCAGGGGCAGCAUCUGUGGCAGCAGCAACCGUGUCCGGAUUGCACAAUACGCACUUGAAUCAACUGAGCAGCCUCAGUCAGCAUUAUACAACGCCGUACCAUCAUCACUACCACGCACAGCAGCAGCAGCAGCAGCAGCUACAGCAGCAACAGCUACAGCAGCAACAUCAGCAACAGCAGCAGCAGCAGCACUACCAGCAACAGCAGCAGCAGCAGCAGCAACAUUGGGAGUACUAUGAGAGGCAGCAGCAGCAGCAGCAGCAGACAGCGGCCGCCACUAGCUCCAACAACAACAGCAACAGCAACAACAACAACAGCAAUCAGCAGACAAGCAACGGGAACAACAACGAGACAACGGUUCCUGCACCUUUGGGCAGCAGCGGUCAUGCUAGUGCUGCCAAUGGCCAUGACCAUGCCCAUUCUGGUGGGCACAAUGAUGCCAAUUCUAAUGCCAUUUCCGCCGCCACCGCCGGAGUAGGAGGAGUAGGAGUAGGAGGCAGCACCAGCAACAGCACCAACGCCAUCGUCAACGCCAACGCCAACGCCAACGCGGCAAACGCCAACUCAAACUCCAAUUCGAACUCCAACGGAAGCUAUACACGUCCUUGGGAAAUGGAGUCCAAGGAUAGCGGACAACAGUCGCAAUCCCAAAACCAAACCCAUGUCCAGCAGCAGCAGCAGCAGCAGCAGCUUCAACAGCAACAGCAACAGCAGUUGCCUCUGAAGAGCGGCUUCGAGCCAUUUUCCAAGCUGCCGUCGUUCCAGAGUCAGUUUCAUGGGUUCAAUGAUCAGCUGAUGCCGGAUGGGACACCCAUGCCCAUACCCAUGGCAGCAGCAGCAGCAGCAGCGGCAGCAGCCGCCGCAGCAGCCACAGGAGGAGGCGGCGCAGGAGGAGGAGUGCCACCGAUGAGCUCCCUCCAAACGGUGGCCAUGUCGCCGGCCAGCAUCUCUGUGAGCUCGCCAGGAAUGAUGAGCGUGGGCUCGCCCCUGACGACCCAGCUGCCGGGCUCCAUGCAGACGAGCAUUACGCCGCCGUCGGGCGGGACCAGUUUUCCGGCACCACCGCCGCCGCAGGCCUUCCAUCACCAUGCACUGAAUCCGCACCACCAUCGUGGGGCCCCGGGUGGAUAUCCCCUGGUUGCAGCUCCCACCGCGGCCUACGCGGAUCUGCAGCUAUAUCCGGGAUUUGCGCCACUAAUCAAGAAGGAGCCGGUGGGGGGCAGCAGCGAUUUCGAGAUGCUGAUUAAGAAGGAGGACUUUGAUCUCAGCAACAGUGGCGGUGGCAACAGCCUCAGCCUCAGCCACUUGCCGCAUCCGCAUCCACACUCGCUCCAGCAUCCGCAUCCGCAUCCGCAUGCACAUCCGCAUGGACAUCCGCUGGUGAAGAAGGAGUCGGCCGGCAGCGACUUCGAGAUGAUGCUAAAGAAGGAGACAUCCUUUGAUCUCGGCCAUGGCCACGGCCACUUGCCGCAUCCGCAUCCACAUGCAGCACAUCCGCUCCAGCAUCCGCAUCCGCAUCCCCAUUCGCAUGGACACGGCGUCACGCCCAUGGGGAUGCAUACGCCCACGUCGUACGAUGGCAACAAUAGCAACAGCUAUCCGCAUGCCACCACCACAGGAUCGAGCAGCACCGGUAGCCACACGCCCCACACGACCCAGCCGCACACGCCCACGCCCACGCACACGCCCAUGCCGACGACAACCACGCCCAUCAAGGUGGAGAAGCUGCUGCAGUCGCCGAUAGCACGGCUGGAGGCGCGAAAGAAGGAGAGGCGGAAACAGCGGCCCAAUUCGCUCGAGUCCAGCGCCGAGAGUGAGGCCAGCGGCAUGGACGUGGACCCCAGCAAUCCUGGCCAAGUCGAUGCCGUCUCCAGCACGGCCAAUUUCAAGAGUCCGAUGAGCGCCCUCGGCAUGGGCGGCGACAGCAACGACGGCAGCAAUGCCCACGGAUGCGAUAAGCAGUCGAAGAAGAAACGCAAACGCUGCGGCGAAUGCGUUGGGUGCCAGCGCAAGGACAAUUGCGGCGAGUGCGCCCCCUGCCGCAACGACAAGAGCCAUCAGAUCUGCAAGCAGCGACGCUGCGAGAAGCUCACCGAAAAGAAGGAACCCAAAGCCAAAACCAUAAUCUAUGGAGCCGAUGGUCAGCCCGUUCGACCCGAUUCGAAGCGCGGCCGCGGCAAGGGAAAGUCAGCCGGCAACGGCAAUGCCGGUGCCAGUGCCACAGGCAAUGGGACACCAACAACUGGGCAGUCACGCGCCCGCAAAACCUCCACCAAAGCAAACAAACUGAGUGCAGCCGCUGCAUCAGCCACAUCGCCCCGUCUAAGUCCAUCGCCGGCAGCAACACUGUUGCCGCAGCAAUCGCCAAAUACCACAACAGCAACAGUUGCAGCCACCGGAGGUGUCGGAGGAGGUAGCUUGCAGCAGCAGCACCAAUCGCAACAGCAGCAGCAAUACCAGCAGCAGCACCAGCAACUGUUGACACAGCAGCAACUUUUGUCGCAACAGCAACAGCAGCAGCAGCAAUAUCCGCAGCAGCAGCAGCAGCACUUCCAGCAGCAGCAGCAGCAGCAACACUUGCAACAGCAACACGCACAGCAGCAGCAGCAGCAUCAGUCGCAGCAGCAGCAACAUUUGCCACAGCAGCAGCAUCAGAUAACCGCACAAAUUCAAACCAUGAAGGAUCAACCGCAACAGCCAAUGGCACCCAUGGCCUUCUAUCCCACAUGGCAGGCGGAUCCGUCGCAGGGCUGGCAGAACCAGUUCAUACAGCAGAUACCACAGAACAGCCCGGCCAUCACAUCGCUCAACUCGCUGGACUUCCAGACGCAGUCGUACGCCUACCCCUCGAACGGGUACGUGCAGACGGGCCUGGGCUUCGAUCCGAACUACGGCCGGUCGCCGUACGCCGCCCCUGUCCAGCGGUACGACUUCCAGAGCCAGCAGCUCUCCACGGCCCCCUCGGCCAUCAACCAGGUGGGGCUCCAGAGCGUCGCCGGGUUCGCGCCGGGCAGCGUCAGCUACGCCGGACAGGUGUCCACGGCCCCGGCCCCGCCCUCGUCCUCGGUGGGCGGAGUGGGUGGCCUGCAGCAGCAGCAGCAGACGCAACAGCAGUCCCAGCAGCAGCAGCAGCAGCACCUGGGCGCCGAUCUGAACAAGACGAUGUCGGGAAACGACACGCCUGGAUAUCCGCGGGUGAGCAGCGUGCCGCCGCGCUCACUCAACUGUAACGGGUAUUCAGGCGACUACAGCGGCCCCAGCAGCAGCAGCAGCAACAACAGCAGCAGCAGCAGCAACAACAACAGCAACAGCAACAACAAUCACCAAGCGACGGCAGCGGGCGUCGGGGGCACCAGCACGCCCGCCCCCCCGGCCACAGUGGCCCAGCCCGCCUCGUCGCCCAUGCAACCACUCCCCAAUCAAGGCCAGCCCCUGGCAGUGCCCCAAAGUCCGACGCGGACCAGCCUCAUCCAGCAGCAGCAGCAGCAACAGCCCCGCCUGGUCUCCCAGUCGCCCACCGGCAACGGACUGCAGCCGUACGUGGCGCCCCAACAGCAGCAGCAGCAGCAGGGACACCUCUCCUCGCCGCCCAUGCAGGACUGGAACUGGCAGCAGCAGCAACAGCAGCAGCAACAACAGCAGCUGGGAGGCGAAGGCUAUCCCCAGGGAGAGCGGGUGCACCUGAACACACGCAUCAAGUCGAUGAUCAUGAGGAAGAGCGAUCCCAAGGAUCCGCCGCCCGACCACCAGCUGCAGGGCGCAGUCUCAGCGGCAGCCGCCACCCAGCCGCAGAGCCAGAGCCAGCAGCAGCAGCACCAGCAGACCGGUCAUUUUUUAUCGUAUAGCCACCACCUCCGGCCCGAGGCGGCGCUGAGCGCCAACGGACCGAGCAACGUGCCAUCCCACCAGCAGCAGCAGCAACAGCAACAACAGCAGCAGCAGCAGGCGGCGGGACCGGGCGCUGCCGAGCCGAUCGGAGGUGGUGGCGAUCACAUCUGGAAGCCGCACCACGCCCAGUCGUUUAAGAAGCCGACUGUGGCCGGGGGCGGCUAUCCGGGAGCGGAUGCCCAGCUGCAGCUGCAGCUGCAGCAGCACCAGCCAGGACAGCACACGACCAUCAGCCACGCGGAGCUGCCGCCGCAGCAGCCGGUGGCCCAUCCAGCGCCACUGCCGCUGGCCCAGGUCCCGCCGCCGCCUCCGCCUGUCGCACAGCCCAAGAAGUCGCGGAGUCGGAGCAAGGCGAGCCGGGCAGCGGCCGCAGCGGCAGCUGCCGCCGAGGCGGCAGCGGAGAUUGACAGAGACAGGAAUGCCACGGAUCCGGGAGGUGGACUGAAGCCGGGCCUGGGCGCCCACUAUCCGCACCCGCAUCCGGCCGCCGGCCAGGAGUACCACGGCCAGUACAUCAAGACGGAGCCGGGUCUGCCCCCGCCGCCAGGUGGUCCGCCCGGACAGCCCAACAAGAUGGAGGGCUACGAGCGCAACUACCAGAACUUUAUCCAGUACGCGGACUUCUGCCAGAACGACGGCCAGGGACAGCCGGUGCAGCAGCACGGACAUGGCCAUGGACACGGGCACGGCCACGGACACGGGCAUGGGCAUGGGCACGGGCAGCAGGAGUACGCCGGAUACCAUCACAAUUCCGCGUACUAUGGGGCCGGAGCGACCAGCUUCCAGCAGAACUUCCAGCAGAACUUUGUGCCCGGCUACCAGCACUCGACGUACGGUGGCAGGGGCAAGCCCCCACCUGGAAACAAUCCACACCAUGGCCACGGACACGGGCACGGGCAGAGCAUGCUGGAGCUGGACCGCAAGCCGGACACCAACAGCAUCAUUCCGCUGCCCACGAACUACGAGAAGGACAUACCAGCCCACGCCUACCCCAUUCCCCCGCAUCGCUAUGCCCUGACGCACGGGGCGCCACCGCAUCUCAGUCACCACGGGAUGCUGGAGCCGAAGCUGGAGGACAUGGGGAUGCUGGGCCACGGCCACGGCCACGGCGGAGGCGGCUACACCUAUCUGGGCGACGGCAAGCCGCUGAACAACGGCUUCUCGUGCUGUCGCCAAGGCGGAACGCGUCCGCCCACGGCCGAGCAUCUGAAGGACGGCACCUGCCUGGGUCUGGGCAUCCAGCCCAAAGAGGAACUCCUCGACGAGGACGAGCUGGUGGACGCCCACAACGGGAUGAAGGGCGGCGCCGGGAAGGCAAAGGGAAAGCAGAAGCCGGACGAGAUACCCGAGAUCAUUGUGAAGCACGAGAAGAUCAAUCCCCUGUUCGACACCACGGAUCGCCUGGAGAAGGGCAACAAGACGGAGAUACCCGAGUGCGAGUGCUUCCAGUCCGACAAGAAUCCGCCCGAGCCGGGCACCUACUACACGCACCUUGGAACGGCCUCCUCCUUGAUGGAGUUGCGGCGUGAGUUCGAGGAUCGGUGUCAGCUCACGGGCCGGCAGUUGCGCAUCGAGAAGAUCGUCUACACCGGGAAGGAGGGCAAGACCUCGCAGGGCUGCCCCGUGGCGAAGUGGGUCAUACGCAGGGCCGAUCUCGAGGAGAAGAUCCUGGUGGUGGUCAAGAAGCGACCGGGUCAUAGGUGCAUAGCCGCCUACAUUGUGGUCUGCAUGGUGGCCUGGGACGGGAUGCCGCGGCUGGAGGCAGACAAUGCCUACAAGAACCUGAUCCCCAAGCUCAACAAGUACGGCCUGCCCACGACGCGACGCUGUGCUACCAACGAGAACCGCACCUGUGCCUGCCAAGGACUCGAUCCGGAGACAUCGGGGGCGUCGUAUAGCUUCGGGUGCUCGUGGUCGAUGUACUACAAUGGCUGCAAGUACGCGCGGUCCAAGACGGUGCGCAAGUUCCGGCUGUCGGUGAAGAGCGAGGAGGCGGCCAUCGAGGACCACAUGAACCUGAUAGCCACGCUCCUGGCGCCCGUCUUCAAGCAGGUCUGUCCGCGUUCCUACGACAAUCAAACCAAGUACGAGGGAGAGGCCUCGGACUGCCGUCUCGGCCUGGAGCCCGGCAAGCCCUUCUCGGGCGUAACGGCCUGCCUCGACUUCUGCGCCCACUCGCAUCGGGAUCUGCAUAAUAUGCAGGACGGGUGCACAGUCCAUGUGGCCCUGCUGAAGCCCGGCAACCGGGACAGCCGCCUGCCCGACGACGAACAGUUCCACGUCCUGCCCCUCUACACGAUGGACGGCACGGACGAGUUCGAGAGCAUCGAGGGUCAGCGGGACAAGCACCGCACCGGAGCGGUGCAAAUGCUGGACAAAUUCCCCUGCGAAGUACGCGUCCGAUCCACGCCGCUGAUCCCCUGCCGCCGCCACGGAAAGAAGCGCAAAGAGGGCGACGAGGCGGCUCCCCCGGACGGGGACCAAGACGCCGCCGGGGACGCCAACAGCCAGAGCAGCUCCAGCAACGGAGCAGGCCAGACGCAGACGCAGUCCCAGCAGAGCAGUCCGCCCGCCCUGGGCGGGGCGCACAUCAAGAAGGAGAACGGAGCGGGCACGGGCGGCAAUGCCAACGGCGGAGGAAGCGGCCCCAAGUCCAAGUCCAAAGCCAAGUCCAAUCAGUCGAACAACUCCAGCGCUUCCACGCCGGGCUCGGCGCCCCCAUCGACGCCCUCGCCCCGCUGCCAGACCCCAGUAACGAACAAUCCCAGCCCGGCGGGCAGUGCCUUCAGCACUCCGCCCGUGCACGGCGCCAAUCCGAACGCCAGCAACGGCGCGGGCGUGAGUCAGGUGGGUGCACCGCCUGGCGCUGCCGGCGCCGGGCAGCAGCAGCAGCCCGGCCAGCUGAUGAGCUCCAACUCGAGCCUGAUGAACAUGGCCACCAUGAUCGACACCUUCACGGACGCCCAGCUGCAGUCCAACCAGAUCUCGAGCACCGUCCUGGACUCGCCCUACUCCUACGACUACCAGACGGGCUCCUACAUCGAUUCGCGCAACUACUACGGCAACUGGCCGGCGCCGCACGCCAUGGGCAUGGGCGCCCAGGCCGGACCUCCGGGAUUGGGAGGAGGACCCCCCGGAGUAGCUGGUGUUCCGCCCCUCACUCCGAACACGCCCACGGCACAGCCCCAACUGACGGCGCAGCACCACAACACGGUGACGCCGCCCUCGGCCACGGCCGCGUCCACACUUUUGGCAGCGGGAGGAGGAGGAGCGCCUGCCACAGGGCCACCCCCAAUCACGCCCACCACGACGGCCUCGCAGCACGAUGCGACGAACGGCUAUGUGCCAAGCUACAACAACCUGACCCCGACAGCGGUGACCCAUCUGCCGGGCACGGGCACGGGUCCGGGUACGGACAGCCUGCAGCAGCAGCAGCAACAGCACCAGCAGCAACAGCAGCAGCAGCAGCAGCAACAGCAGCAGCAGAGCGCCGUAACAGGAGUGGGAGGUGUGCCACCCGGAGUGGGCGUGGGAGUGGGAGGAGUCGGAGGCGUAGAGGGAGUGGAGCUGAAGGGCCGCAUGAUCAGCGAGGAGAACCCGGACUCGACGACCCUGGUGAACCACAGCCUAGUGGCCGAGAGAUUUGUCAAGCCGAAGCCGCCGCCCAGCGACUACCAGUACACGGCGCAGUACGCCAACAACUACCAGAUGUACCCGCCGCCGCCGCCGCCCCCGCACUCGGCGUACUCCGCCUACGAUGCGUACCAGAACAUGAACUACAACUACGGCUACCACCACCAGGCGUACUCGCCGUACGGCAUGUACCCGCCGCAGCAGACACCGCCGCCCACGCCGCCACCGCCGUCGCCCAACUGGAACGUGUACGGCCACCAUCAGACAGCGUCCGGCUACGGAGCGGCGAAUCCCGCCGCCGGAGGAGGCGGAACGCUGAUAGCGUCGCACGGGGCCGUUGCGCCGACGAUCGCAGGACUGCAGAAGCCCUCGAUCACGGCGCCCACACCACUGCACCACCAACAGCAGCAGCAGCAGCAACAGCAGCAGCAGCAGCUGGCGGCCACGCCGCCGCAGACCAUUCUGCCGGAUCUCAACGGAGCUGUGGGCGCUGUCGGCCAGAUGGGAACGCCCUCGGUGGAGCCGACAGUGGCCACGCCGUUGUCGGUGCCGCCGCCCGGCGACUCGACGGGCAGCGAUGCCAAUGGCGCGGGCUCGGGAGCAGGAGGCGGACUGGGUGGAACGGGAGGGGGUGGAAGCGGAGGGGGACCCGCGGGACCCACGGCGUCGCCAGUCAGCACCAACUCGAGCAAGAUCGAGCCCAUCGGCGAGGUGGCCGAGAUCAAUGAGAACAUCGAGGCCUUCCAGGAUCCCCAAAUGGGGGGCGUGGCCAUCGCGCUGAAUCACGGCAGCGUCCUGAUCGAGUGCGCCAAGCACGAGAUGCACGCGACGACGGCCGUGCGGCGGCCAGACCGCCACCAUCCGACGCGGAUGACGCUGAUCUUCUACCAGCACCGCAACCUGAAUCGCUCCCGGCACGGCAUCGACGAGUGGGAGGAGAAGAUGCGGGUGAAGAAGAUCAACACGGACCUCGACAACAAAGCCAAAGAGGAGCGCGAGCGUCUGCUGAAGAAGGCCGCCGGCGAGGACGACGACCUGGACCUGGACGACGCGAUGCUGGGCCACGACGAUCUGGCCCCCGUGCCGCCCUCCGCCAUCAAGAAGGAGAACGGACAGCCGCUCAAGAACGGAGCCAGCGGCAGCAAGAAGAAGAAGAGCAGCGCCGACGCGAGCGCCAAGAAGUCACAGUCGAACGAACAGCAGCCAAAAAACGAGAAAGUUGCCCUCCACGCACCAACACUAACAACAACAUCGUGGACGACCCUGUUUCCUAUGCAUCCUUGUGUGGUUACGGGGCCCUAUCAGGAGGGCAAUAGCAGUCCGACUUCGUCCACGAAUGGCAGCGCCAACAACAGCGCCAGCGCCAAUGGCAAUGGGAAUGGCCAGGGUGGCCAGGCUCCCACGCCAGGAGCGGGGCAGCAGCAGCAGCAGCAGCCGCCGCCGCCGCAGCAGCAGCAGCAGCAGCAGACCUGAACCUGUCCGCCUAUCAGCGGCUCGGCAGAUCAUUCUACUGGUGAACAUCAGCAGCAACAGCAUCAGCAACAGCAACAGCAUCAGCAUCAGAAUCAUCCUCAGGAGCAGCACUCCCCGCAACGGCGGGAACCGGGUGCGGUUCUAGUUCCAGUUCCAGUUCCACUGCUGCCCCAAGCACCGCCGCUCUAAUCUUAAGUCCCACACAAUGACUGAAAAUUCUCUCAAAGCUAAACCCAGUAAAUUAUUUUUGUAUAUGCGUCUGAUUUCGUGUGCCAUACGAGGAGAGGAGGAGGAGGAGAGGAAGAUCGGGAGAGUAAGGAGUAAGCAGCAGCAGGAGAAAGAAUGCGAAAGAGAGUUGGCGCUGCCAGUCCACCAUUCCACAGCACACACCAACACACACACACAUACACACCCCAAGCUACACACUGGAAGAAAAUCAACCACAAGAACAUGCAGCUAGUUUAAUAAAUCUAUCAACUUUAGUUUCUUAAGCCCGGCGACAACAGCCGGCAGCCAGCAGCCAACAGCCGGCAUCCACUUAUGUUACGAGUAAAUUAGUAGUUUUUUUUUUCUAUGUUUAAAAGAAUGAACGGAGAAUGGAGUGAAGACGAAACGAAACUUAACGAAACAAUCACACUACAAACAAACAAACAAACUACAGAACAAAAAAAACGAAUACUAAAGGAAAACAAAGUAAAACAAAACAAAACACACACUAAAACUAAUAAUAAAACAGCAAAUGCUAAUGAAACGUUGCUUGAGUUUCUCUUGCGAGUAGAAACAAAAGGAAAAUACUAAGAGUUAGUGGAAGUUAAACAAAAAAAGAUCAUUGCCAAAAGUACAAAUAAACAAUUUUUUUAAAGCAACUAGAAAAACGUAAAGAAUUUCGCAACACACACAAAAACAAUAUACAUAGUUGGUAACAGAAACAGUUUUUACUAAAAAAAAAAAGUUAAAGAAGAGAAGCCAAGUCGAUGAACUACACUACACUACACCACACUAUACUACACUACAAGAGAAAAAGAAAGAGUACAGCUCCACCCAAGUUCCCACAAUUUGUCUGUCCCUUGGUGCUCGGGCUGCGUGGCCAGUGCCAAUCGGAUUCAAAUUGCUCCAAAGACAAAUGGGAGGCUGUUCCCCUUGCGGACGCUCAAGCAGAGCAGGCUUUCAUUUGGACUGCUUGAUUAACCGUUAACUCCAAUCCACACACCACACCCAAAGCAGAGGAGACAGCAGGGCCAGAGACGAAAGAUCAGUUAUUUUUUGAGCAGAGAGUGAGAGAGAUAUAGAGAGAAAGAGAGAGAGAGAGCGCGCGAGUGUGGGCGGCAUUAAAGCUAAAGCUGAGGAAAUGUAAGGCAGCAAGACAUUUUUUUUGUAACUUUAAUCGUAAUUUAAUCUUAGUAUAAGCAAAAUACACACACACACCCACACAAACACACGUGUCAGUUACAUAUAUAUUUAUUGAUAUUGAUGCGACCAAAAAAAAAUAACAAUGAUCGCAAAGCAAAAGGUUUUACUGUAGUUAUUAUGAUUUUCCCAAGUGAGAGCUGUAAGUGUGGAUGGUAAAGAAAGGCAAGAAAGGCGAGAUUUCAUUUCAAAGGCAAAAAGGAAACGUAAACGAAAACCCAAAAAGACUCGAAACCAAUCAAGUAUUAAGCACUAAACAACCAACAACAACAAAAACAACAACUACUAUAAAUUAACUAAUUUUUUGCCUACUCAUUUGUAAUGUAAUUGUUGUAUCCAUCCAAACAAACAAAACACAAAGACACAAAAAACAAAAAAACAAAAAUUAGGAUGAAAUGAAGAUGAAGAUGGAAAUGAAAAUGAAAAUGAAAAUGUGGCAGCGCAACUGAAUUUCAAAUCAAAUUAGUGUAGACACAACCCACAUACAUAUACAUACAUAUAUUUUGCACAAAAAAAAAAACAAACAAAAAUGGUUAUUGAAAAUAAUACGUACUUUACUUCUAUAAUUUGACGAACUAGUACUAUAAGAACGGAAGCGGAAACGCAGACGGAGACGUAGACGGAAACGCCGACGGAGACGGAGACGGAAACCGAGAGUUGACGGAGAAGAGAUCGUACUUUUGCAUGUGGAAUGUACGCGUAAUGUAAUGUAAAUGUAAGGCAGCGAAGAAGACUUUUGAGCAACAAGAAAAAACAUGUUUUGAUAAAUAUUUAAAUGUUUAUAAAAAUAUAUAUAUAGUAUAUAUAUAUAUUAACCGUAAAUUAUGAUAAUUGAUUAACUGAUUAUGCGAGCCAACAACUAUUAUAGUUUGUAAAUGCUUUUUUUUUUUUUAAUUUUCAAAUAAAAGCAAAUCCUUUGCCAUUUAUUAAGUUACACACAAACAAACAAACACCAUAGAUCCUCGAAAGGCUUUUGAGUUUUGCGGGGCGCGCAGCACACAUAGCUGCAUAUACAUACACCAGUAUAUACACACCCAUAUAUACUAUAAAUAUUGGCAUAUGAUAAAGCAGAAAAACAAUUAACACUGAAGCAUAGGUAAUAAGCGAGUAUAGAACAGAAGAGGACGGAACA